GGUGAUAUAUAUAGCUUUUGAAACAUAGACUACUUUUCUUCCUCUGAUCUCUCUCUUGCAAUUUCCUUAACCUAGCAAAAUUGCAUCACCUUCUAGCAUAGAUCUGUUUGAAUCAAUUGUUGAGUUUUAGUGACUAUAAUAAGAAGAUGGGAGAAUAUGGAGACACCACAUACAGAAAGGUGUUUGUAGGAGGGUUAGCAUGGGAUACCCAGAAGCAGACUCUGAGGUCUUAUUUUGAGCAGUUUGGAGACAUCUUGGAAGCUGUUGUUAUCUUUGACAAGAUUACUUGUAGAUCCAAAGGUUAUGGGUUUGUGACAUUCAAAGAAGCAGAAGCAGCAAGAAGAGCCUGUGUGGAUGGUGCACCUGUGAUUGAUGGGAGGAGGGCUAACUGUAAUCUUGCUUCUUUUGGUCUUCAAAGAUCCACACCUUCAACCCCACAACUUCUUGGAGGCGGAGGCAGCAGGAGCUUUAGAAAUUCAAAAUCUUACGAGAAUGGUUAUCAGAUUCAGCAGCAACCUUUUCCUUCAAUUCCACAUUAUGCCAUCCCACCUUCAGCUGUUUAUGGGAACUGCACUACUUAUCCUAAUCCCACGCAGAGCUACUAUGGUGGAAGCGGCAGCAAUUAUGUGGUGGUAGGAAAUGGGUCGAAUUGGUACCCAUACAUUAUCCACUAUUAUCAUUAUCCACAUCACUACUACACUCCCAUCUCACAUUCUCAACCUUCAGGUGUAAAUGUUGCUGCUCCCACAGUUUCUGCCUUGACACCUCCAUUUCGUCCUCAUCAGGCCAUCACCAGUAUUUGAGUAACUACCAACUCCGAACCUUUAAGUUAAGAUCAUUGAUUAAUUCUUUUUUCGUCUAAUCAUCAACCAAAGCCUGAACAUCAUUAGAUAAUUGCAUAGAGUUACAGUUACGGGAAAUCAACUGUAAUUCAACAUCACCCUUCUGACUAUAACUCGCAUUGGACAUGCAUGGAAUGUCCAACACUUUUCUUUUGGUAAUUAAGUUGUCGCGUCAGUUUUGUUUAGAUGUAAAGUAUUCAUUGUGGCUGCUAAACCCAUCGGAGGGUUUCAGCCUAAGAGCUGCUGUUUUUUCAACCUAGAGCUCUUCUUUUUCUGUUUAGUAGUUUUGUUGGAGAACCUGAGGAGAUAUUUGGGUUUCUAUGCCAUAUGGUGCUAUGGCUUUCUACUUCAGCAUGCAUCUCAUCAACAUAUCUAUCUCCAAUGGGACAUUCUUAUUUCCAUACUUCUCAUGUUUGGACUCUGUUUCUACCUACAGACCAUAUAUUAUUAUUAGACUCUCAACUUUGGUUUGUAAUAAGCGGCCAUGUUUCAUACUUUGUUUUAUUUAUUCUCAACUUAUUCUCUUGUACACACUGUUACCUAUCAUGUAUGCGAAAUGCUUUCAUUGCUUUUAA